AGCCCCGCCCCGCCCCCCUCCCGCGCCUCAUGCUCCUGCGGGCCGCCGUCGCCUCCUCUUUCCGCGCGGUGUUGCCCGGCGUGUCCGUCCGGCGGUUGGGUGUGUCGGGCCCGGGCCUCCUCCAGCACCAGCCGCCGCCGCCGCCGCCGUCGCCCAGGAAACACCAGCAGCAGCGGCCGUGGUGGCAGCGCCAGGCCGCCGGCAUGGACGGGGACGCGAGCACCGCCGAGCAGGCGCUGGCGCCGCUGAGGCAGGCGGUGCGGGAGCAGGGAGAACUUGUCCGGAAGCUGAAAGCAGAGAGCGCUCCACAGGUGGAUGUCGAUAAGGCAGUGGCAGAACUGAAAGUGCGGAAAAGGAUCUUGGAAGCCAAGGAGUUGUCUCUGCAACCCAAGGAUGACAUCGUCGACCGAACUAAAAUGGAGGACACACUAAAGCGGAGGUUCUUCUAUGACCAGGCCUUUGCCAUCUAUGGAGGGGUGAGCGGUCUGUACGACUUUGGUCCCGUUGGCUGUGCUCUGAAGAACAACACCCUGCAGAUCUGGCGGCAACACUUCAUCCAGGAGGAGCAGAUUCUGGAGAUCGACUGCACCAUGCUGACUCCCGAGCCAGUCCUCAAGACAUCUGGGCAUGUGGACAAGUUUGCCGACUACAUGGUGAAGGACCUGAAAAACGGGGAGUGUUUCCGUGCCGACCACCUGCUGAAAGCUCAUCUGCAGAAAUUGAUGUCCGAUAAGAAAUGCUCGGCAGAGAGGAAAGCAGAGAUGGAGAGUGUCAUCACCCAGAUGGACAACUACAGUCAGCAAGAGUUAUCAGAUCUGUUUGUGAAUUACAACGUCAAGUCUCCAGUCACCGGGAAUGACUUGUCCCCUCCCAUCUCCUUCAAUCUGAUGUUCCAGACAUCCAUUGGACCAGGAGGCAACAUGCCAGGCUAUCUCAGGCCUGAAACAGCUCAAGGGAUUUUCCUGAACUUCAAGCGGUUGUUGGAAUUCAAUCAGGGAAAGCUUCCAUUCGCUGCUGCCCAGAUCGGAAAUUCUUUCCGGAAUGAGAUCUCCCCGCGAUCGGGUCUCAUCCGUGUCAGGGAGUUCACCAUGGCAGAGAUCGAGCACUUUGUGGAUCCCAGUGAGAAGAAUCACCCCAAGUUCUCCACUGUGGCUGAUCUCGAGAUAACGUUGUACUCCAGCCAAGCCCAGACCAGCGGGCAGUCAGCACGGAAAGUGCGGCUCGGGGACGCUGUGGAACAGAGGAUCAUCGAUAACUCGGUGCUGGGGUACUUCAUCGGGAGGAUUUACCUCUUCCUGCUCAAGGUGGGCGUGUCGGCCGAUAAACUGCGGUUCCGGCAGCACAUGGAGAACGAGAUGGCCCACUAUGCCUGUGACUGUUGGGAUGCCGAGGCCAAGACCUCCUACGGCUGGAUCGAAAUAGUCGGCUGCGCUGACCGAUCAUGCUAUGACCUGGCUUGUCAUUCCAGAGCGACCAAGGUGCCUCUGGUUGCAGAGAAGCCUCUGAAGGAGCCCAAAACUGUCAGCGUUGUCCAGUUCGAACCCAACAAGAGCGCCAUUGGCAAGGAGUUCAAGAAGGAGGCCAAGAUUGUGAUGGAGUACUUGAGUAUCUGCGAUGAGUGUUACAUCACGGAGGUGGAGAAGGAGCUGAAUGAAAAGGGGGAGUUCACUUUUGAAUCUGAAGGCAAAAAGUUCACCCUGACGAAGAACAUGGUUGGGGUGAAGAGGUUUCAGAAGACUCUGCACGUUGAGGAGAUCACUCCCAGUGUGAUCGAGCCGUCCUUCGGCAUUGGGAGAAUCAUGUACACCGUGUUUGAGCACACAUUCAACAUCCGGGCCGGGGACGAGCAGAGAACGUACUUCAGCUUCCCGGCACCUGUGGCUCCCUACAAGUGUUCUGUGCUCCCACUCAGUCAAAACCAGGAGUUUGCUCCAUUUGUGAAAGAGCUGGCCGAGGCAUUGACCAGACACGGGGUCUCCCACAAGGUGGACGACUCGUCGGGCUCCAUCGGGCGACGCUACGCCAGGACGGACGAGAUCGGCGUGGCUUUCGGCAUCACCAUCGACUUCGACACGGUCAACAAGGUGCCGCACACGGCCACGCUGAGGGAGCGGGACUCGAUGCGGCAGAUCCGGGCGGAGGUUUCAGAACUGCCCCAAGUUGUCCGAGAUUUAUCCAAUGGCUUGAUGACCUGGGCUGAUGUCGAGGCCAAGUAUCCCUUAUUCGAGGGGCAAGAAACCAGCAAGAAAGAAAAUUAAACUUCUUCUGUCAGCGCCCCUCCCACCCCCAGCACAGCCCGGGACCCAGUAAGUUACGUCGGUGACAUCAGUCAACGAGGACUGGCCAAACAUAUUAAAGAAGCAAUGACUGUAUCGCCCAACCAACGUCAGCCCAUCCCUACAGCCACAGAAGAAUUUAACUGCGUUCCUGGCAAUAAAAUCUGAAAGGGAA